GGGGAGGUGUUGCGGAAUGAAAGGGGGUUGCGGGCGGGAAGAAGGGAAUUGGGGAAGGUGAAGUUUGGAGAGGAAGAAGAGGGGGGAAAGCGAAGAUGGAGAUGGGAGACGGAGAAGAGGGGGAACAGUCACUAUGUCCUUGGUCAGGCACCACCGUGGCACCCACCGCCAACAAAAUGAAACAGAGAAUGAAGUGGAUAAAACAAGAAGAGGGGGGGAGGCUAGAGGAGAGGAAGGGAAGCAGGAGAAGGUCCAGAAAAAUAAUAAAAAGAGUGGAAGAUGAGCAAGAGGGAGAUAGCGAGAGGGAGGGGGGGAAGCGGCCGAGGGAAGGGGAUGGUGAGUGAACUAUGGCGGCGGUCGGAGAAGAUGCGGAUGGGGAGGCAUCGAGGCACAACAAGCGAGAGAUCUGCGCCAGAGAAGGGGAAUGGAUAGAAGAACGAGAGAAGAGGUUCGGAUAGUGAUGGAUCUUGUG